AUGGGAAUAGCAAAAACUCUUGCACGGAUCCGCGAGAACUUCAAUUGGUCCGGGAUUCAACAGGAUGCCAAACACUUUGUAGUAGCUUAUGUCGAUUGUCAACAUACAAAGUAUGAAACCAGAAAAGUAGUGGGUUUGCUUUGUCCAUUACCAAUUCCGUUCCGGCCAUGGAAAGAUCACUCUGGAUUUUAUUAUGGGCUUGCCGGCAUAUCACGACCAUACCACUAUCCUUGUGGUUAUGGAUCGUUUUUUGAAAGGGAUUCAGUUGGGGAUGCUUCCACCUCAUCAUACUUCUUACACUGCUAUGGUGUUUCUCCAUAUGAGACUACCUUUGGCAAGAAACCUCUUAGCAUCCCACAGUACAUUGUUGGAACCUCAAACACUAAGGUUGUUGAUGACUUCAUGACCAAGAGAGAGGAGGUGUUCGCAGAUCUAAGGAAAAAGCUUUUGAAAUUCUAG